GCAACUUGGCGUAGCCCUCCACUUCCUGCUAGCUUAGAAAGAUAGCGAACGAGCGGUUGAAAAAAUACGGGUAUAUUCAUGUAAAACUUCUGCAUUAUAUCACAAGAACGUGCUUUCUGAGUUUCCAAGGACCCUGUUUAGGAGGCCAAUAUGAUCCGCUUCAUCCUCAUCCAAAACCGAGCAGGAAAGACACGAUUGGCCAAAUGGUACAUGCAGUUUGAUGAUGAUGAAAAACAGAAGCUGAUCGAGGAGGUGCAUGCAGUGGUCACUGUCAGGGAUGCCAAGCACACUAACUUUGUGGAGUUCAGAAACUUCAAGAUCAUUUACCGGCGUUACGCUGGUUUGUACUUCUGCAUUUGUGUGGACGUGACUGAUAAUAACCUGGCAUACCUCGAGGGAAUCCACAACUUUGUAGAGGUGCUGAAUGAGUAUUUUCACAAUGUGUGCGAAUUGGACCUUGUGUUCAACUUCUACAAGGUGUACACAGUAGUGGAUGAGAUGUUCCUCGCGGGAGAGAUCAGGGAGACCAGCCAGACCAAGGUCCUUAAGCAGCUGCUCAUGCUCCAGUCUCUUGAGUAAAAAAAAAGAGGAAAAAGGUGACAUAAUCUGUCCUUCCUGCCCACUUAUCUGCUGCCCUGGCACCCAAACCAACUUCCUCCUUGUUUCUGUCCCCCUGGAAACGAACCUCAUCGUUUUCCCGCUUCUACACAGCCCACGCUUCUCAGAACUUCAGCAGAGGAGGGUUUCUGAAAAGCGAAAUACAAAAUAUUGUUUACAAAUAGUUAUUCGAGCUCAGUUAUCCUGCUUGCCGUAGUUGUCUUCAUGACAUGAAACUCUGGACGUGUCUUACAGAUGUCACCGGUGCAUUUCACGCUGUGAGCAUUUUACAUAGUCCUCACGUUCCAGACAGCUUGAUAUUCUGUUUGAUUUCCCCCGAGCCAGAGGCCGCAGAGGUCAGUUAUUUCAUGUAGUAACCAGUUCGUCAUUGCAUUUAUCUCUAUAAUGUGUCUCUCAUUACUCUUUGCAUCUAUUUAAUAGCACUACUGUAACUACCAGGCACCAUAAAGACAGACCUACAAAAGCUAUGGACAUUGGACACCCAUGCUGCCAUGUUCACAAAGUCCACCCAGACAUGGAGUUGGUAGUAUUAUGGGAGUCUUCCCGACUAGUGUGCGUUCCCCUAUGUGGGUUACGGUCCCAGCAAACCAGAAGCAGAGCGCCCACAGGAGCAAUUGACCCAUCACAGCUAGCUCAUUAGAAACCGGAUGAGUGUCAUUAUGACAACUUGUGCGGUGUCAAGCAUCCUCACUGUGACGCUCACAGCUUAAGCUGUGCUGGAUCAGAUGGUUUGACUUUUUAUCAUCACAUCUAAUGGUGCCUGUUGGUCACGCUUAAAACACUUAGAAAUAUAAAGUCUAUUUUACGUAAAGCACAAGUGUGUGCUUUCUAUUGUGUGUACAUACAGUGUAUCUCGUGGCGAAAUAUUGUGAAAUGAACAAGUCAUAACAAAGUAUUUGUUUAAAAUCCAUGCAUUCCUUUGGCAUCCCAUCUAAUAAGUUGCAUUUGCCUAAAAAUCAUCUUUUAGUCUCGCCCUUCCACUGCACAUAAAUGUUUAUGAAAUUGUCAUUCUCGAUUUUAACAAUAUCCAGUCGCACAGAUGGUUUCAUAUGAAGUUCAAUUUUGUAUUUUUUUGUUGUUGAGACAGUGGUGAAAUAUGUGCUGCGUCCCCUCUUCUCUGCCUGUGAGUGUAAGUGUCUCUAAUUCAGAUAACUCAUCAGUAUGUCCCAUUUUGUGUAAAUAAACUGAUUAAGUGACCUGCCA